GGCUGUUAUCGCUACGAUUCCAUCACAGAUUUGCGUUUUCCGCUUUUUCUGUAGUUUAUUUUAUUUCUACCAAAACAAAUUCGCAAUGCCGUACGCCAACCAGCCGUCGGUGCAAAUUACCGAGCUCACCGACGACAACGUCAAAUUUGUCCUGGAGGACACCGAAUUGAGCGUAGCUAACAGCUUGAGGCGCGUGUUCAUCGCGGAGACGCCAACUCUGGCCAUCGACUGGGUGCAACUGGAAGCCAACUCCACGGUGCUUUCGGACGAGUUCCUGGCUCACCGUAUCGGCCUAAUCCCACUGAUCUCCGACGACGUGGUCGAGCGGUUGCAGUACACCCGUGAUUGUAUCUGCCUGGACUUUUGUCCCGAGUGCAGCGUGGAGUUUACCCUGGACGUAAAGUGCAGCGAGGAGCAGACACGCCACGUGACAACCGCUGAUCUUAAGUCGAGUAAUGCUAAGGUGCUGCCGGUGACUUCACGCAAUCAGGGCGAGGAAGACAAUGAGUACGGCGAGAGCAAUGACGAGAUCCUAAUCAUAAAGCUGCGAAAGGGACAGGAAUUGAAAUUGCGCGCUUACGCCAAAAAGGGAUUCGGCAAGGAGCAUGCCAAGUGGAAUCCUACAGCCGGCGUGUGCUUCGAGUACGACCCGGACAACUCCAUGCGACACACUUUGUAUCCCAAGCCAGACGAGUGGCCAAAGAGCGAGCAUACCGAAUUGGAAGACGACCAGUAUGAGGCGCCCUACAACUGGGAAGCCAAGCCAAACAAGUUCUUCUUUAACGUGGAGUCAUCCGGUGCGCUUAAGCCCGAGAAUAUUGUGGUCAUGGGCGUGCAGGUGCUAAAGAAUAAGUUGUCUAACCUCCAAACGCAGCUUAGCCACGAAUCGCAGAACGAUGCCCUGGCCGUUUGAUAUAUAACAAGUUUAUUUUUAGUAUAUAAAAGAUUUUCCGCCUAA